GACCUAUAGGCUAAAAGCCUAGAACCUCACCCUCUCACCUUCAAAGUCUUUCCGAGAAUCACACACAGGUCUCUCUCCCUCUCUCCGUAAAAUGAUAAUGACCGAAGUAUGUGGAAUCCGUACACGCUGCCUUUGCUUUCUGCGGCAUCCAUCCCCACUAGCGCUUCCUCGUCGCCGCCACUUCUUCCCCAAUACGACGACGCGUUGCUGCGUUUCAGUUGCCAAAGAGGAGAAGAAGGAGAAGGUCAUCGUCAUCUCUGGGCCUACAGGCGCUGGCAAGAGCAGACUCGCAAUGGAGCUCGCCAAGCGCCUCAAUGGAGAAAUCAUUAGCGCCGACUCCGUGCAGGUCUAUCGAGGUCUUGAUGUAGGAUCUGCAAAACCUUCUCCAAGUGAUAGAAAGGAAGUACCUCAUCAUCUGAUUGACAUACUGCAUCCCUCCGAGGACUAUUCCGUCGGACAGUAUUUUGAGGAUGCAAGACAAGCUACAAAAGAUAUUCUUGACAAUGGUCGGGUCCCCAUUGUUGCUGGUGGUACUGGAUUGUACCUACGAUGGUUCAUGUAUGGAAAGCCAGAUGUCCCAAAGGCUUCUCCAGAAAUUGCGUCUGAAGUACAUAGGGAGCUUGAAAAUUUUCAGAGAGAGGAGGAUUGGGACAGAGCUGUGCAAUUGGUGGUAAAAGCAGGUGAUCCAAGGGCACAGUCUUUGGCUACAAAUGAUUGGUAUCGUUUAAGGCGCAGCCUUGAGAUAAUUAAGGCUUCUGGAUCUCCUCCAUCCGCUUUUGAAGUGCCGUAUGAUUCUUUCAAGGAGCAAGUUGAUUCAAAAGAAACAGACAAUUGCUCUGAUUCGACUUCCACAUCUUCCAAUAUGCUUGAGCUGGUCAAACAGAAAGAUUUGGACUAUGAGUUUAUUUGUUUUUUUCUCUCAAGCCCCCGACUUGAUCUAUAUAAGUUAAUUGAUUUCAGGUGUGAAGAUAUGCUUUCAGGAAGUGAUGGAAUUUUGUCUGAGGCCAAAUGGCUUCUUGAUAUAGGUCUUCUUCCUAAUUCAAACUCUGCAACUCGAGCAAUUGGAUACAGACAAACUAUGGAGUACCUAACAAACUGUAGACUACAAGGGGGCAGGAGUUCUGCAGGAGAAUUUUUUUCUUUUUUAUCUGAAUUUCAGCAAGCAUCAAGAAAUUUUGCAAAAAGGCAAAUGACAUGGUUUCGCAAUGAGCAAAUUUACCACUGGCUUGAUGCUUCAAAACCCCUGGAAGAGGUGGUUAACUUUAUUUGUGGUGCAUACCAUGAUCAAAGUAGAACACUAGUUGUGCCCGAGUCACUAAAAAUGAAGAAAGGCAUAACAAACCGACGGGAAGCUUCUGCACUGAAUAAAUAUCACCCUAAAAACAGGCAUUUCAUCAGCCGUGAAGAUUGUUCUGAUAUUCUGGACUGGAUAAGGAGAACUCAAGGUUGAAACAGAGAACUUAUCAGUCUGCUGCUUGGCUUCAAUUUUCUUCUGGGCUGAAGAGGAAAUACCCAUUUGUUUGCUUUGACAUGGCUUCACUUUGGUCUAAUGGACAAACUACAAAUGAUUUCUUGGUCUCUCCAAAAGGUGGGUUUUAGAACCCUCCUCUGUUGUCUCCUACAAUGAGUUUCCUUCCGGCAUACGCUCUAUAUCGAUGCUCCGCUGAAGCUUCCCAGCUAUUGUAACUUACAGGAUCCAGCUACGACUAUUUGUUAUUUACUGCCAAUGUUGAAGUCUCAAGACUCUCAGUCCUCUUGUGCCCUUUUGAAGAAUGGAAAUUUUGAGCCUGAGAUACUGUAUUCCUGUGUGUAUUUUGUUAAGUCAUGACUUAACAAUACACAUUGUUUGUUGGUCUAAUGAUAAUGUUAAAUUAAAUUAGACACCCGAGGCAUUAAUUGAAGUGAUAAGUAUGGUGUGCAUCA